UCGCUAGGUUAUUGCGCCCCAAAUCAAUCUGACAACUCCACUUCCGAAGCUUUCACGUUGACCCCUGUUCAAAUGAAGAACGUCAUUUCUUUAUUUCUCUACCUGUGCCUGCUCUUACAAGUGGUUGGACUGCUUGUCUUUCUCUAUGGAUACUUCCCAGUCAAAAAAGUUGUGCCAGGCUUUGCCGUGGGGGAAGAUGCCCCACCAGAACCAUCAGCAGACAACACACAAGACCUUCUAAAUGGAACAAAACUAAACAACGCCUCAAGUAUAGUUGGUCUGGGACCGACAUAUGGGAGACUUGUGAUCAUGCUGAUUGAUGCGCUGAGGGCAGAUUUUGUCUUUGGUGAUGCUGGUCGUUGGAUGCCGUACACCAGGAGAUUACUAGAGAAUGGACAAAGCUUGAACUUCAUUGCCAAAGCUCAUCCACCUACGGUCACAAUGCCACGCAUCAAGGCUCUUGCCACAGGUGGAAUCCCAGGUUUUGUAGAUGUUGUCCUAAACUUUGACUCCAGUGAGCUGCAAGAGGACAAUCUCAUUACCCAGCUGCGUCACUCUGGAAGGAAGAUCAUCUUUUACGGUGAUGACACGUGGAUUAGAUUGUUUCCAGAUCACUUCCAAAGGACGGAUGGAACAACUUCAUUCUUUGUGACUGAUUAUACGGAGGUGGAUUACAAUGUGAGUCGGCACAUUGAUUCUGAGUUGGUUAACAAUGACUGGGAUGUUAUGAUUCUCCAUUACCUGGGUCUUGAUCAUAUUGGACAUCUUGCUGGCCCAGGGAGUCCGUUGGUUCAGCCGAAAUUGAAAGAGAUGGAUGCGAUUAUCCAGAAAAUACACACAGCGUUGAAUAAACAGGAUGCUUAUCAGGAGCAGCCCAGCUUGUUUGUCCUGUGUGGAGACCAUGGCAUGAGUGACCAGGGCAGCCAUGGAGGUGCAUCCAUCAGUGAGACGGUCACUCCUCUCGUUAUGCUGAGCUCACAGAUCAAGGGACAAAAGAGAAUCGAUUAUGAGAAGAUUGAAGAGAUCUACCAGAUCGAUAUUGCUCCUACACUGUCCCUUCUUCUUGGCUUGCCAAUUCCCCAGAACAGUCUUGGGGCUGCCUCACCAGGAGCACUCCACGGCUUGCCAAUCCGAAUGAAGCUCCAUGCAAUGCAGAUUAACACACACCAACUUGCAAAAGUUUACCGGCAGAAUGUACCCAGUUACAAAUCAGACGACAAUUACCUUAUGUACAAACGGGCCCUUGGUGCCCACUCAGAAUGGUUGAGGCUGCUGGCUGAUGAAGGAAAAGUUGAGAUCGAUCCAAAGCAUCUUGGAGACAAGGUGGCUAACCAGUAUCUGAGGGCUAUGACUGGCAUGAGAGGGAAGUUAGCAAGUUCACUCUCGAAAUAUGAUGUACAGGCUUUGGUUACUGGUGUCCUUCUUCUUUGGAUGGUGCUGCUUUCACUUCUUCACUGCCAUGUCAACAGAGAUAUCAUGUCACUUGAAGUCAGUACAGGAUCACUUGCAGUCUUCAUCGCAUUUAGCUUUGGAUUUCCCACAGCACAUUUUGUGACUUGUACCGGUCCCAACAGAAGUGAUCUCCUCUGUGGUAUCGACUUGUUACGAGUCUUCCUUUCGCUAGGAACUUACGUUGCUCUUAUCAUUCUGACUGGGUUCAUAAUCUUCACAACGUCUAGAAAAACCAUUGUCCAGUACUAUAAGUCAUUAUCCUCAAAGACACCUCUGGAGUUGUUCCUUAUCUUGGGAACAGUCGGUCACACAUUCAGCCUCCUGUCGAGCAGUUUCGUAGAAGAGGAGCACCAAACGUGGUAUUUCUUCAUGCAGACAAUCAACCUGAUCAUUCUCAUCAAAUACUCUGCCGAAGCUGCCCAUGCUUACUAUAAUCCUUCUCGGCGGAAAAAGCCCUGGGAGAAGGCGGAGGAUUCCUCGAAGGGGUUCGGUGGGUCUGGCCUUUCUAAUCGAGAGAGGAGACGACGGCUACGACAGUCAAGCUCAUCUGAAUGCCCGCCUGAGACAUCUGGUGAAUCUUCAUGCGAAUCUGUCAAUCCUUGGAAAUUCGUGGUGCUAUCUUUCAUUUGUGUUUGUGUGUGUCGGAUUCUUAGGUCAUGGAAUCAGACAGGGGACAAAUGGGCUCAUCUUCCUGACGUUGGUGACUGGCUUGUCAGGCCAGAGCAGAAGAUGGUGUUGUCAUACUUAGUUGCUGUCUCUUUAAUGUUGGUCGUUAUCAUCCAAUGGAUCACCCAUCAAGACCAAUUUUACCGGGUGGCGUUGGCUGGUGCUGCAAUUGGGGUGUAUUUCUUCCGAGCUGCAAACGGUGCUGUUCACGUUUCUGGAAUGUAUGAAAACUCAAACAAUGGUGCAAAAGAAGCUCAAGCCGUCUAUGGCCUCUUUGCUCUGGUGAUAAUCUACACAUUCCUCUGGUACAUCUACGUUAAAAUGACACUACAUCAAGAUAACACGGAGCACGGUGCAUACUUCAAGACAUUCAGCAGCACAUUGCCAAGACGAGUACAUUCCAUAUUGACAUUAGUUAUCAUGCUGCUGGUCAGACCCCAUAAUAUCGUUGCAUUUGCCAUGAUUGUACUGGUGGAAUACUUCAUUUCAAUGCACCUGGUACCUCGGAUGAAUCUCAGUGUCUCAGCUAUGACUCUGCUUUACGUUUGGUUUGGACAGGCAGGAUUUUACUUCCAGGGAAACUCAAACAGCUUGGCAACCGUUGAUGUAUCAGCUGGUUAUGUCGGCUUGGAUAGUUACAACCCUGGUAUAAUCGGGAUGCUGAUGGCCAUCGCGACGUAUGCUUCUCCGGUAUUUUGGUUGGUGGGUCUGAUAUCGGUGCUCUGUGAGAAAUAUGUCGGCAUGCAGGAUGGAGAGGAGAGGUACAUUGCCGCUACUUACGACGUCUGUUUCACGCUAGGUUUGAGCCGCGCCCUGCCGCUAGCCAUCUACACUGUCUUGGCCGCAGCAUUGCGUUAUCAUCUGUUUGUGUGGAGCGUCUUCUCACCCAAACUGUUGUAUGAAGGAAUGUGCUCAGUAAUCACAAUAAUCUUCAUUGUUCUUUUAUAAACGUAUUGUAGCUCCUAUUUAUAGUAGCUGUUACUUCAAGUUCUGAAGAGACCAUCUUUGACAAUCGGGUGGAUUGAUAUGUAGCAGUAAUCACAAUCGAAUGUUACAGAGCCUUUGGGAUUGUACCAUUGGCUGAACACUGUGUAAUGCUUAAAAUGUCACUUCAAUAAAACUGCCAUCGCGAAACAAAGUUGUCAAUUUCAUAUGAAAAUUUUUGUUGUUCAGGUAUGUCAUGUACAUUUAUUUCUGAAUGUUUUGUGUAUUGCAUAUUGAUUUUGUUGUCUAUCAGAGUGGUGGAAACAAAAAAAAGUGUUGUCUUGUUUUUACUGAUGUAAAACAUCAGUAGCCUACACUGCGCCAAAAUACUGAUACUGAUACUGAUGUUGUAGUGUAUCAUCAGAUUGCUUGUAAUUGUACUAUUAUACACGUUGUAUAUGCUUUUCAACAUUUUUGACAAAGUGCAAAUACAUGUUGUUGUUUUA